AUGGCAGCAGCAGCUAUUUCUAUUAUCUGCAACUUCCCACUCCAUUCUCACACUUCCAUUUUCUUCAAUAUCAGUUUUCCCCCUUCUGUCCGUAGCCGGAAGAGCUGCUUCUUCAGGUUUAGUAGAAUUUGCGUUGUUUCUUCUCAUACCAAUCCGAAGAUUCUCAAGCCUAAGCGAAGGUCUAGGUAUGGCCAGCCGUUAUCUCCUUAUGACUCUGACUCCGAUGAAGAUGAUGAUGAUAGUUUUGAAGAUGAAGAAGACGACGACAUUUCAACUUCUGAUGAUGAAUCACUAGAUGUGAGAGUUUCUGCCCAGGAUCGGCAACACCUGAAGUUUCAGAAUGCAACAAACAUCAGACGAGACAGUCAUCACCAUUCAGAAGGAGGAUCGAAUGCAAAGUUGGGACACCGGCGGCAAACUCCUGAGAUAACCCAAGGCAAGUCGAGCAAGGAGGCAAGAGGAAGCUUAGCUAAGGACAGAUUUAGUCAUCUUGCAGAGGAACUGGAUCUCGAUGAGAGAUGGUAUCCACUUCUUGAUUACCUAAGUACCUUUGGAUUUAAGGACUCUCACUUCAUCCAGAUGUAUGAAAGGCACAUGCCUUCCCUUCAAAUAAAUAAGAGUUCUGCACAGGAAAGGUUGGAGUUCUUGUUGAGUGUCGGUGUCAAACAUAAAGACAUCAGGAAGAUAAUAUUGAGGCAGCCUCAACUUCUCGAGUAUACUGUGGAAAACAAUCUGAAAUCCCAUGUCACAUUUUUAACUAGUUUGGGUAUCCCAGACUCAAGAAUAGGACAGAUAAUUACUGCAACUCCGUCUCUUUUUUCCUAUAGUGUGGAAAAUUCAUUAAAACCCACAGUGACUUACUUACUCGAGGAGGUUGGUAUUGAGAAGAAUGACCUGGCUAAAGUUGUGCAGUUAAGCCCUCAAAUUCUGGUGCAGCGGAUUAACACUUCAUGGACAUCCCGCUUCAAUUUUCUCACCAGAGAAUUGAAUGCACCCAGAGAUAGUAUUGUCAAAAUGGUUAGGAAGCAUCCUCAAUUACUUCACUACAGCAUAGAGGAUGGAUUGCUUCCCCGGAUUAACUUUUUUAGGAGCAUCGGAAUGCGCAAUUCUGAGAUAGUGAAAGUGCUAACUAGCAUUACACAGGUCUUCUCUCUAUCACUUGAGGGGAAUCUAAAACCUAAGUACAGCUACUUGGUUAAUGAACUUGGCAAUGAAGUGCGAUCAUUAACUAAAUAUCCGAUGUACCUAAGCUUGUCGCUGGAUCAGAGAAUUAGGCCUCGCCAUAUGUUUUUGGUUUCUCUAAAGAGGGCUCCCAAGGGACCAUUUCCAUUAAGUUCACUGGUCCCAACUGAUGAAUCUUUUUGUCAGCAGUGGGCAAGGACUAGCGUGGACAAAUAUCUUGAUUUUCGGCAGAGAUUGCUUCUAAAGGAACUUGCCAGAAAAUAUGAAAGACGAUAAUAUGUUUGAGUUCACUGGUCACCAAUCUUCUGCCCUGCAUACUUAUUAUAAGGCUAAUUUUGUGAUUUAUAGCCCUUAGUUGA